UUGAGAACAGGGUCAAAAGGCCGGCUGGUCCCUCUCUCCAAUUCAGUGGCGCGUGCAGCCCUCUCAACGCCAACCAGACAACAACGACGCACAUUAAGCCGCCGUUGCCAUGAGGAAGCGGCCAUUAAAGGCACGACCCGACGCGCGCUCUCCCCACCGACUCCUCCGUUUCCACCACUAGAGGCCGGCGCCGGUCGAGCCAUGACGGUGCUCCUCCCCAUCCCGCCGCUGGUCCCCAUCCCGCCGAUCGCGGUGCCGGGGGAGGUCCGGCGGAUGGUGAGGCUGACGUACCUGACCGCCCUCACCACGCUCCUCGGCUACGUCGUCUUCUUCGUCUUCGGCUUCCUCCGGGAUCUCUUCCGCGAGCUCUUCGACUGGUCCAAGUCCGACGACCUCAGGGUAUCUACCUCCCUGUAUGCUCUCGUUUCAUCCGUACGACGACUGAUGGAUCCCGGUUUCAUCUGGCGACAGGGUUACGCGCCGAUAUGCCCGCCAUUUGAGGAUUUCUACACCCGCCGAAUCUAUCACCGCAUCCAGGACUGCUUUGCCCGACCGAUCGCGAGCGCACCGGAUGCCUGGAUCGAUGUGGUGGAGCGGUAUUCCAAUGACAACAACAAGACCCUCCACCGGUCUUCGACCGCAUCCAGAUGCCUCAACCUUGGAUCAUACAACUACCUCGGCUUUGCUGCCGGAGAUGAGUACUGCACGCCUCGCGUGAUCGAGUCUCUCAAGAAAUACGCUCCUACCGCUUGCAGUGCUCGGGCUGAUGCAGGAACCACCAGGUUGCACGUCGAGCUCGAGGAGUUGAUAGCACGAUUCGUCGGAAAGCCAGCGGCCAUCACCUUCGGCAUGGGAUACGUGACCAACUCCUCCAUAAUCCCAGUUCUAGUCGGAGAGGGAGGGCUAAUCAUCAGCGACUCAUUCAAUCACAACUCCAUCGUCAGUGGCGCUCGCGCAUCCGGCGCAACGGUGCAUGUUUUCCGGCACAACAGCCCUUCGCACUUGGAAGAGGUGCUGCGGGAGCAGAUCGUCAAGGGUCGUCAACCUGGCACACACAGACCAUGGAGAAAGAUACUUGUCAUCGUCGAGGGCAUAUAUAGCAUGGAAGGGGAGUUCUGCAAGCUGCCUGAGAUAGUAGCCAUCUGCAAGAAAUACAAGGCAUACAUAUAUCUGGAUGAAGCUCAUAGCAUCGGUGCGGUGGGUAAGUCCGGGAGAGGUGUUUGUGAGCUGCUCGGGGUGGAUCCAGCUGACAUCGACAUCAUGAUGGGAACUUUCACCAAGUCAUUUGGAUCCUGCGGAGGCUACAUUGCAGCAUCAGAGGAGAUCAUUCGAUAUCUGAAGCACGCUUGUCCGGCGCAUCUCUACGCGACCUCCAUGUCACCGGCCGCCGUUCAACAGGUUAUAUCCGCGAUCAAGGUUGUUCUCGGAGAAGACGGGUCAAACAGAGGGGCCAAGAAGCUGGCGCAGAUUCGGGAGGGCAGCAACUACUUCCGAUCAGAGCUGAAGAAGAUGGGCUUUGUGGUUCUCGGCGACAACGACUCGCCGGUGAUGGCUAUAAUGCUCUACAAUCUGGCGAAGCUCCCCGCCUUCUCGCGAGCGUGCUUGAGACAGAAUGUUGCGGUGGUGACGGUAGGGUAUCCGGCGACGCCAGUUCUCCUUGCCAGGGCAAGGAUCUGCAUCUCUGCUUCCCACACCAGGGAAGACCUCAACAAAGGCUUGAAGGUCAUCAGCGAAGUUGGUGGUCUGGUGGGUGCGAAAUGCCUCCCCGCAGAACCAGAGAAGGCGAAGAAGAUGGACUGAGGAAAGCCUGCAUUUUUGGUGACAGUACCAUUUUGCAGGAAGAAGAUUUAUGUUCAUACAUCAUCAGAAGUGCAUUCUGUUCCUCACUGAAUUGGAUUCUAUAGAAUUCUUUACAAUGUUAAGUGUACAAUUUGUGUGAAUGAAUCAGCUUACAGAUUCCUUGAAGCACAAACCAAAUGGGAAGCUGUGAGAAUGUUGGGAUGAGCUGUGAGAAUACAGUGAUGUCCCCAAAGACAUGAUGUUCACCUGCAAAUAGCUGAGACAACACUAAAAGAUUUCUCCAUUUCAACAUUCCUUCACUUCCAAUCAUUAGUCUUUCUUGUCACACAUUGUGAGAUUUGAGAUUCAUAUGAUUGGAACUACAUACCUUCGAUUUGGAUCCAAGAAUGUCCUGAAAGUUGGUGAGAUGGUGUCUGAUUGCUUCCUCAAGGUUUUAAUUCAAGAAAUAUGAUACCUUGUGAUGAUGUGGUUGAAAUGUUUUA